AUGAGGGUGUCCGCCAUUGCCUGCGGGCUUUUCGCCUGCUUCGUUUCCCAGGUCGCUGCCACUGCAUUGACCUACAAGCUCCACGCCAACGAGAAGGCCUGCUUCUACGCCAAGACCCAGAAGGAGAACGAGAAGAUUGCCUUUUACUUUGCCGUCCAAUCUGGUGGUUCUUUCGAUGUCGACUACACCGUGACCGGACCGGGCAACAAGAUCAUCCUCGAUGGAGCCAAGGAACGCCAGGGCGACUUUGUCUUCACGGCCCAACAGAUGGGUGACUACGAGUUCUGCUUCAACAACGAGAUGAGUACCUUUGCCGAGAAGUUUGUCGACUUUGAGAUUGCCGUCGAGAACGAGGUUCGCGCUCAGCUUCCCGCCAAGCAGGGUGCCUCUCCCGAACAGCACUCCACCCUCGAGGAGACCAUCUUCAAGCUCUCCGGCCAGCUCUCGACCAUCUCGAGAGGCCAAAAGUACUUCCGCACCAGAGAGAACCGCAACUUCAGCACCGUCCGCAGCACCGAAGGCCGCAUCAUCAACUUCAGCAUGAUCCAGUGCGCCCUCAUCGUUCUGAUGGGAGCUCUGCAGGUGUUUAUCGUUCGCUUCUUCUUCCAGGGCGCGCGCAAGGGCUACGUAUGA